AUGUAUGGUGGCGGAAUAGAAAUCGAAAGAGAAAAUGCUCUUGACGUUGCUAUUGGUGCAGACUUUUUAAUUUUGACUGACUUAAAACAGAAGGCUUGUGAAUUUCUGAUUAGCGAUCUGAACUCGGAAAAUUGUUUAUUUCUGUUGGACAUGGCAGAAAAGUAUAAUGUUCGAGAAUUACGCGACAGUGCACAAAAACACAUCCUCGAGAACUUUGUGGCAGUAUCAGCCAACAGUGCUUUUGAAACGCUCGGAAUAGAACAGUUGGUUGCAAUAAUAGCUAGUGACAACCUUGUCGCCCGAGAGGAAAAGGUCUUCGAAUCUGUGCUGAAAUGGACGAAGCAUGAUUUGAAAACACGUAAGAAGCAUUUCUCUACUUUGUUUCCAUACAUUCGACUGAUUUAUCUAGCGAGGUGUUUUUUAAUUACACAAGUGCAAGAAGAGGAGUUAGUGAAGAAAGAUGAAUCUUGUCUUCGCCUUGUCAACGCGGCUAAAGAAUAUUUCUCUUGCCCGAGGGGAACAGGUCAAAGCACAGGUCAACUAUGUUUCCAGCCUCGCGCGUGCCAAACGGCAAUUCUCAUCGUGGGAGGUUGGCAGGAAAAUUGUGAUGUCACUUCUUCUACAAAGGUGUUUAUGCCAAGCAUUCAGCAAGUGUUUGAGCUGACACCAAUGAUGGCCCCCAGAAAUAAUCAUGGCAUUGCAGUACAUGAGGGUGUAGUGUAUGUAAUGGGAGGGACUACAAAAACCAGUAGUUUAACAAGAAGUGUGGAGCUCUUUGACCCAAGAUGUAACACAUGGUCAAGUGUAAUGUCAAUGCGAAAGGAAGUAGCUGGUGUGGGCGUGGCUGUGCUUGGAGGAUUCCUCUAUGCUGUAGGGGGACGUGAUGCAGAUGGUUGGCCACAAAGCGUCGUCCAGCGUUUCAAGCCAAAAUUAAACCAGUGGGAGUGUGUUGUGUCCAUGAGUGUUUCUCGCACAAGACAUUGUGUAGUUGCAGGGACCUCCCAUCUGUAUGCAAUUGGCGGAUAUUCUAGUAAUGAUGAUAUUCCUCUGAUGUCAGCAGAAAUGUAUGAUCAAGACAGAAAUGUAUGGGUUGAGAUUGCCCCUAUGAAACAGCGACGUUCUGAUGCCUCUGCUGUUUGUGUGAAUGAUAAAAUAUUUGUAAUGGGAGGAGAGGACAUUUCAGAGUCUCCCAUUAAACUGGCAUCAUGUGAAGUAUAUGACCCUGAAAAUGAUACCUGGACAGCUAUUGCUCCUUGCCUACAGCCUCGAUCUCAUGCUGGUGCAACAGUUAUUCGAGAUAAGAUUUUUCUCCUUGGUGGAGUCAAUAAAAAUAAUAGAGAGCUGAGAAGUAUUGAAUGCUAUGACACAAAUCAAUGUGAGUGGGUAGAAGUAGCAAGUUUGCCUGUUGGAAUUGAAGGAUUUGCUUGCUGUACUAUCACAGUUCCAGGUGAACUAAUGCCUGUGUUGGUUUAA